AUGUUUCUUGAACUCACUGCACCCGGCUCUCCCGUUGCGGAAUCAGCCUCUACCAUCUCUUCUGAGGACAACAAGCUUCUUAUCCUCACUCCCCCUGCUCCCACCUUCGCGGAGAGUUCCAACGCUACCUCUUCUGGGGCCGACGUUGACAACACCGACAAGGUCUUCGACCAGAUGAUCGCCCAGUUGAACAAGAUGUGCGCCAAGGUUCAGGCCCUUGAGUCGGAAAACAACGAACUCAAGGCCCAAGUUCACUACGAGAAAUCCUUCAAGGAACACUUCUCGAAGAACCUUGACGAAGCUAACCGUAACUGGCACUCCGCUGAACUUGAAGCCGCUGCCAAGGAUGCUGAGCUUGGACGAGUCCGCGAGCGCCUCAACCUCGUCCAACUUCAGGCAGCCGAGCAAGAGGAGCUUCACGCCGUCAAGGAGCAGAAUAUCGAGCUCCAAGCUCGUGUCCGCCUCCAGUUCACUCUCACCACCCAUCAACACGUCCAAAUGUUGAAGCAUAUGAUGCACGACUGGAAGGCCCAGGUGGAGCAGAAGAUCGACGACGACUUUGAGAAGAACAAGGCUUACCAGAAAGAAUCCGCUGCCCCAAUCGACGCCGACUACGAACGACUCAAGGCUCUGAUCGAGGGUCAUGAGAAGAUCAUCACGAACAUCAAGAAGGGCAACGACAAGUUUGUCACUCAGAUCAAGGAUCUCCGUGAGGAAGAAGAUGCUUCGCUCAUCUCGGACCUGACUGCCGAGCGCUUCGAGGUUUUCUUAUAUGAGCGCGAGAAGAUGGUCGCUCAGCUUGAGAACGAGAAACGCGGCUUUGAACAGAUGGCUCACGACAACUAG